AUGUCGGUGACGAGUGACGAUGAGGAUAACUUGAUGGGUGACAUGUUCCCCGAACCACCCCGACCCGCAACCCCACCUCCGACCAUAAAGACCUACACCUUCCCCUCCUCGACCGCCCAACUUGCACCACUCACCGUCUCCCUCAUCGGAAGCCACCACUCACUCUGGGGUCACAUCCUCUUCGAAUCAUCCCUCGUCAUGUCCAACCACCUCUUCCACAACCAGUCCCGCCUGGUCUCGGGGAAGAACGUCGUCGAAUUCGGAGCAGGUGCCGGAGUACCGGGUUUAGCAGCGGGGGUAUUAGGUGCUAGAAAGGUCGUCUUGACAGACUAUCCGAGCGUGGAGUUGUUGAAGAAUCUGGAAGAGAAUGUCAGGGAGAACAGUGCGGUACAUAAAGGGCUGGAUGGGAGGGUGGUCGUCGAGGGACACGUCUGGGGCAGGGAUUGCGCGCCGGUCUUGAAACAUCUGCAAGUGGAAGAGAAAUCCGAGUCGGACACCGCAACAAGUACAACAACAUCAUCUUCAACAAUACCAGACCCGGAUCUAUCACGGGCAUCCUCAUCAUCAUUGGCACCCAACACUCUGCCAGACCCGUCCAAAUUCCAAACCCUGCUCCUCUCCGACCUGAUCUUCAACCACUCUCAACACCUCGCCCUCCUCCGCUCGCUCGAACGCCUUAUCGACCCGGCUUGCGGGACAGCCCUCGUCUUCCACUCACACCACCUACCUCAACAUCGGGCUCGUGAUCUCAAAUUCUUCGAGCUGGCUGAAAAGAGGGGAUGGACAGUAGAAAAAGUGGUAGAGGAGGUGAGAGGGGUGCAGUUUGUGGACGAUGGAGGGGAUGUAGGGCUGAGGGAACGGGUCUGGGGGAGGGAAAUGAGGUGGGAUGGGGUUGUCAGGGAGGAGGAGAGCGAUAGCGAGAGCGAGGCUGCGGACAAGAAAUGA